AUGAUUCCCAUAACUGAGCUCCGCUACUUUGUGGAUACACAAAGUACGUAUCGCAUCCUAAAGCCAUGGUGGGACGUGUUCACAGACUAUUUAUCAGUUGUAAUGCUGAUGAUCGCAGUAUUCGGGGGCACGCUUCAGGUCACGCAGGACAAGAUGAUCUGCCUGCCCUGCAAGUGGGUAGUUAACAAGACCUGUAGAAAGUAUUUCAAUGGCACAUUUUCUAUGCCCUUCACCCUUGAGCCUCAAGGAAUCCAAUACAAUCUUGAUCGCCACCAGUACAACUAUGUCGAUGCUGUGUGCUAUGAAAACGAGCUUCACUGGUUCGCUAAGUAUUUCCCAUAUUUGGUGCUACUGCACACGCUCAUCUUUCUGGCUUGCAGUAACUUCUGGUUCAAGUUUCCUUGGACAAGCUCUAAACUGGAACAUUUUGAGUCUAUCCUACUGAAAUGUUUUGACUCGCCUUGGACAACAAGAGCUCUGUCUGAAACUGUCGUCGAGGAAAGUGACCCCAAAGCUCUGGUGAAAAUGAACGGCUCCUUUGAUAAGAAGGCUUCGUAUGUGAGUGAAGACGUUGAGGUGAGUAUUCCCAUGCUGUCGACGACCAGAUCUCAUAUAGAGCAAGGAAUCAUGGACCACUCUGAGACUGGUGUCCUGGACAAAAAGGAAGGUGAACAAGCGAAGGCGUUGUUUGAGAAGGUGAAGAAGCUUCGGACUCACGUUGAAGAAGGCGAUAUAGUCUAUCGUCUCUACAUCCGACAGACUAUCAUCAAAGUUGUUAAGUUCAUUCUUAUUUUCUGCUACAACGGCUACUAUGUCCACAAUAUCCAGUUCAGCGUCGACUGCAACGUGGACAUCGAGAGUCUCACUGGUUAUCGCAUGUACAGUUGUGCCCAUCUUGCCACUCUCUUCAAGAUCUUAGCCUGCUUCUACAUUAGUCUAGUUAUUGUGUACGGGAUGAUCUGCAUAUACACCCUCAGCUGGAUGCUACGGCGCUCUCUCAAGAAGUAUUCGUUUGAGUCCAUCCGAGAGGAGAGCAGCUACAGCGACAUCCCAGACUUGAAAAAUGACUUCGCUUUCAUGCUGCAUAUGAUUGACCAGUACGACCCCCUGUAUUCCAAGCGGUUUGCGGUGUUCCUCUCUGAGGUGAGCAAGAACAAACUUCACCAGCUGAACUUCAACAACUUUGGAACAACUUUGGAACAGCGUUGAUAAACAACGACUUUGGAAAAGCUUCGGCAGAGGAUCACCAAAAACUCACAAGAGAAACUGGAGCUCCACCUGUUCAUGCUCAGUGGGAUUCCAGACACUGUCUUUGACUUAGUGGAGUUGGAGGUCCUGAAGCUUGAGCUCAUCCCUGAUGUCACCAUCCCACCAAUAAUUGCCCAGCUUACUAACCUCAGAGAGAUGUGGCUGUACCACACACCAGCCAAAAUAGAGGCUCCAGCUCUUGCGUUUCUGAGUGAGCACCUGAAAUCAUUGCACAUCAAGUUCACUGACAUAAAGGAGAUUCCUCUGUGGAUCUACAGCUUGAAGAACUUAAGCGAGUUGCACCUUACUGGGAACCUGAGUGCUGACAACAAUCGCUACAUCGUCAUCGACGGUUUGCGAGAGCUGAAGCAACUGAAGGUUUUUUUGGUCACGGAUGUUGGAAUGCACCUUCAGAAGCUGUCCAUAAACAACAAAGGCACCAAGUUGAUGGUGCUCAACAGCUUGAAGAAGAUGGUCAACCUGUCCGAGCUGGAGCUUGUCCGCUGUGAUCUGGAGCGCAUACCUCACUUCAGCCUGCACAAUUUACAGGAGAUCGAUCUUAAGGACAGCAACCUGAAAACCAUUGAGGAGAUCAUUAGUUUUCAACAUCUUCAUCGACUUGUUUGUCUAAAGUUGUGGUAUAAUCAGAUUGCAUACAUACCUAUUCAGAUAGGUACUAUUUUGGUAAACCUGGAGCGCCUCUAUUUGAACUGCAAUAAGAUUGAGAAGAUACCACACUAGCUCUUCUUCUGCCGGAAGCUGAGGUUUCUUGAUCUGAGCCAUAACAAUCUGACUGACAUCCCAUCAGAUAUAGGAACUCUACAGAGCCUUCAGUCCCUUGCUGUAACUGCCAAUAGGAUUGAGGCACUUCCUCCGGAGUUAUUUCAUUGUAAGAAAUUGCAAACACUCAACCUCGGAAACAACUGCCUGCAGUCCCUACCAUCACGGUUUGGGGAGCUCACCAGUCUGACACAGCUGGAGCUGAGGGGAAACGGGCUGGAAGGCCUUCCUGUAGAACUCGGGGAGUGCAGAUUGCUGAAGAGGAGCGGUCUAAUUGUGGAGGACAAUAUAUUCAAUACUUUACCUUCAGAGGUCAAAGAGCAGCUGUGGAGAACUGACAAAGAGGCUUCUUGAAGCAAAUGC